AUUGCGCUUUGUGAAUAUACGAAAGAAGAACAAACAGAACGUGUUGGCUUAUCACGCAUUGCGGGUUUCAUUUUUUCCAUCCAGUUGUUCAAGUUGCUUCGCGUUUCCAUUGGUGAAUAUCAUACGAAAUCAUGGACCGCAAAGCAGCUUUUCUCACCAGCGAGCUGCCACGAAGAAUUCUGCUUUACUGUCCGGAAUUGGAUGGCGAGGGAUCGUUUUCGGGUGUAAAGCUAACAACACCUGACCAUUUGGAUGGUUUUAUGUCGACAAUCCACAAGUUAUCGUUCAACUACGAAAGCAAGGACAGAAGUGACACGAGAAUACUGAAUCUGAUGGUAAAAGUGAUGAAGGGAAGUGAUGAGUUCCGUGAAUCAUCCAUGGGAAAGACACAGUUCACCAACGAAAUCUACAUCUACACGGAGGUGUUGCCCGUGUUCCAAGAGCUGCUGGACACGACCGAAAGCGGCCUGGCCGGAGGCUGGUGUCCGAAGGUGUAUUACGGAGAAGCGGGCCACUUUCCAACGUACAGCGAUCAGUAUGAAACUAUACUAGUGCUGGAAGACAUUUCGCCAUUCGGCUACAAAGCGGGACCCCGGUUGGAUCUGGAGGAAGACCAUCUGCGCCUGAUGGCACGGCAUAUUGCAUCGUUUCAUGCGUGUACGUACGCGAUGCGUAUCCGAAAGGACGAGCGAUUAGCAACCCUGAUUGACGGAAUUGUUCCGUUGGACUAUGUGUCCGGUGAUAAAACAUUCACCAGUUACGAUGUAUUGCUAAGGCUGGGUGCAAACAGAUUGUACAAGUAUCUGGACACACACCCCGAACAGCUGGACAGCAUUGGUUUCAAGGAAGACAUCGAAAACAUGCGUCGUCGUUACGAGGCCACUCCAAUACGGUUGAUGCAGGAUUUACUACGCAAAGACGACGUAUUCUCGGUCAUUCUGCACGGUGACUAUAACCGUAACAAUGUGCUAUUCCGGACGGAUGCCAACGGUAAACCGAUCGGAUUGAAAAUGUUCGAUUUUCAGGAGAAUCGUUUCGCAACCCCUGUGAUCGACUUGACGUUCUUCAUGUAUAUGAGCAUGACGGAGAAUCUGCGCGACAGAUGUUGGGAUGAGUUGGUGCUAGAAUAUCAUACCACACUUUUCGAUAGUCUCGCGGCAAUUUUGAAUGUAUCGAAAGGAGACACUUUGCUAGAUCCGUAUCGUCUAGAACCUUUUCUGGAACAUUUCAAGCAGCAUGCAAUAUAUGGAGUGAUUAUAACAUUACACUUUCUACCAUGGAUGAUGUGUCCGGAGGAGGAAUGCGAACAGUUAUCGUAUCAUUUUGCGCGAGAUGUACACUCGACGGAGUUGGCCCACUGGACAAUGGUUUGUGGUGGGGAAAAGGUAGACAAACGGUUAGUGGGUGUGCUGCGCCAUGCUAGCCGUAAAGGAUAUUUUGAUAUAGUGAAACAGUAGAAAGGAACCUGGCGAAGAUCGCAAAGUAAAUUUAGUGCUCGAUAUGCACGUUCAACACAGGGAACCAUGGUGGGUGGUGUAACUUUAUUCUAAUGAUUAAUUAACAGUUAAACUGAAGGUAAACCAUAUUAUUGAAAUUAUAGGGAUUCAAAUCUCAAACGGAUCCUUUGGCUCUAGAAUCUUUUAGAAGCUAAAACUUUUAUUCGCUAAUGUAGAACUGCUUUUUGUACAUUAGAUUAAAGAUAAGAAAGUAUAAA